UAUUUCUCAGUUCCUCUUCAAUCUUGCGUAAGAAAGUGACACUAAUUGUUAAAAAAAAAACAUGGAUUUGAAAGUGGAUAUUGAAUAUCGUGAAAUGGCGUUCAAUAGGCGGAUGCUAACGUUCGCAGUAGUGAAUCGUGCUCACAUUGAUAUAAAAGAAUUCUUGUUUGAUGCGUUCAACUAUUAUGAAAACGAACUCACGCAAAUUUUGGAUACUCAUCCAACGGUUAAGGUGAAUACGUGUUUCAGUGCAACAUUCGAAAAAAUUGUCGCGAAAAAUGUAUCAAACGGAGUUGAAAAUAUGGAAGUGGACGUGAAUGAUGACUUAAUGGAUGUGGAUGAGGAUAACCCCGAAAAUCCAGUGGUGAAAACGGAAAAGCAGACACUCUAUCUACACACCAAAUCUGUGGUUAUCGAUCGUGAAGCUGACUUAUAUCAAAUCUUCGAGGAAUAUGUCAUUAAAACUAUCAUGAGCAAAGUUGAUGACGCUAUCAUGCGAGGCUCAGGAUUUACGCUAUCAUCGCUUAAUGAGCUACUUGUGCAAGUCAACAGAUAUGACCCGUUAAGAGGAUCGUCAUAUAUAAAAACACCGAAAUACUUAGCAUCCAAAAGGGCAAUUGUUAAUGUAAAGAAUAAUGAUAAAUAUUGCUUUGAAUGGGCUGUAUUAUCAGCAUUGUAUCCAGCCAACAUCCAUACAGAUCGCUUGAAUCAUUAUGAAAAACAUAAAAAUAAACUCCUCUUCACAGGAAUUGAUCUCCCAAUGAAAAUCCGCGACAUUUCGAAAUUUGAGUAUUUAAAUCUGACAAUAUCUAUUAACGUAUAUAUGUUUGACGAGAAAGCGAAGAAAAUACAGCCUGUGCGAAUAACUAAUGAAGUUAAGAGAAACCAUAUCCAUCUUCUUUUACUCACUGAAACAACUGGUGCGAACGAGACAAAGGCUCAUUACUGUUGGAUUAAAAACUUAAGUCGACUGAUUUCAUCUCAAGUAUCGAAUCAUCAUGGGAGACACUACUUCUGUGACCGAUGCUUAAAUUUUUUUCAUCAACUGAAUAAAUUGGAGGAACAUCGUGCGAAUUGUAAUCGUCAGAACGUGUGUGGAAUUGAAAUGCCGACCAAAGGAGAUGAUAUAGUCAAAUUCACGAAUAUUAAGAAUCAAGUGAAGGCACCAUUUAUUAUAUACGCUGACGUUGAAGCUCUUUUAAAAAAACCCACUGAACCAUUCUGCAAGCAAAACGACAAGAAACCUGUGAAAACCCUAGCUUACCAACAGCAUGAAGUUUACAGUAUUGGAUGCUACUUUAAAUGCUCAUUUGAUGAAUCGCAAUCGUUUUAUAAGGCAAAACGUGGUCCUGAUUGUAUUGAUUGGUUUGUUGAAGAGCUACAUCAAAUGUCGAAAAGUUUGGCGACAAUUUUCAAUAAUGCGGUUCCACUAGUAAUGACAUUAGAAGAUGAAGAAAUCUUUAACAAGGCUGAAAUUUGUCAUAUUUGUGAAGGAUGUUUGGCAAACGGGAAAGAACCGACCGUAAGGGAUCAUUGUCAUUUCACAGGAAAAUUUAGAGGAGCUGCACAUCAAUCAUGUAACCUGGAAUAUCGUCAAAAUCGCACCAUACCAGUUGUUUUUCACAACUUGACAAAUUACGAUUCCCAUUUCAUCAUAAAGAAACUCGCAACUGGCUUCCCUGGUGAGGUGAAGGUUAUCCCUAUUAAUAAGGAGAAAUACAUAUCUUUCAUAAAAACAGCUGCAGAUAGUUCGCACGACUUCAAAUCCAUGGUCAAGUUUAAAUUUAUCGACUCCUUCAGAUUUAUGGCUUCAUCACUAGAUAAACUGUCAUCUUUAAUACCAUCGGAGAAGAAAACACUGCUUCGAAAUGAAUUUAGAGAUAUAAAUGAAGGGCAAAUGGAGUUGUUAGAACGAAAGGGUGUUUUCUGUUACGAUUAUGUAGAUUCUUGGGAGAAACUUGAAGAGACGGAACUACCACCGAUAGAAGCGUUUCAUAGCAAAUUGAGUGGUGAAAACGUUUCUGAUAAAGAUUACAACUUCGCGAGAGAGGUUUGGAGUAAAUUUGAUGUGAAAACUCUUGGUGAAUAUGCUGAUCUAUACCUAAAAGUUGAUGUUUGUCUGUUGGCGAUUGUUUUCGAGAACUUCAGAGAGACAUGUAGCGAAAUUUACAAGUUAGAUCCAGCCAAUUAUUACACAGCACCAGGACUUUCGUUUGACGCUAUGCUGCGAUACACAAAAGUUGAAUUAGAGCUAUUGAAAGAUGUAGAUAUGCUACUGUUUGUCGAAAGAGGAAUACGUGGUGGAAUCAGUCAAUGUAGCAAACGGUAUGCUGAAGCAAACAAUAAAUACAUGGAUACGUAUGAUAAGGAGAAAGAGACUAGCUACAUCAUGUAUGUUGACUGUAACAAUCUUUAUGGAUAUUCCAUGAUGCAGCAUCUCCCAAUCAAAGGGUUUCAAUGGUGCGAGAAAGAGUUCACAGCUGAGGAAAUUUCAAAUAUUGCCGACGACUCGGACAUAGGUUAUAUACUCGAAGUUGAUCUAGAUUACCCAGAAUCCCUACAUGAUUUACACAACGAUUAUCCAUUCUGCGCUGAAAAUAAGCUAGUACCAAAUACCACAAACGUUAAGAAACUAUUAUUAACAUUGACCGAUAAAAGAAACUACUUAAUUCACUACAGAAUGUUAAAGUUGGCUCUAAAGCAUGGAUUAAUUUUAAAAAAAGUUCACAAAGUAAUACAAUUUGAGCAGACUGCCUGGUUAAAAUCAUAUAUCGAAUUGAACACAAAUAUGCGUGCUAAAGCAAACAAUGAUUUUGAGAAAGAACUAUACAAAUUAAUGAAUAAUGCUAUUUUCGGAAAAUGUAUGGAAAAUGUUAGGUCUCGCGUGGAUAUUCGCUUAAGAAGCAAAUGGGAUGGUCGUGGUGGGGCUCGUGAAUUAAUUGCUAAGCCAAAUUUCAAAAGAAAUACGAUUUUUGAUGAGAACUUAGUUGCGAUAGAAAUGGCUCAAACAAGUAUUGUUAUGAAUAAACCAAUUUCUAUCGGCAUGGCUAUUUUAGAUAUUUCAAAGGUGUGUAUGUAUGAAUAUUAUUACGACUUCUUGAAGCCUAAAUAUGGCUCAAAUAUUGAACUUGCUUACACGGACACCAACAGUUUUAUAAUCCACGUUAAGACUGAAGAUUUCUACUUAGACAUGAAAGAGAACUUGGAGCGAUAUGAUACAAGUGAUUACCCGAUCGACAACAUAUUUGAAAUACCCAGAGUUAACAAAAAGAUUCCAGGUCUAUUCAAGGAUGAACUCAACUCAAUAAUAAUAAUAAAAUUCGUAGGGUUGAGAAGUAAAAUGUAUUGCGUUUUAACAUAUGAUCCAGAAGCCAAUGCUAAGAUGAAGAAAGCAAAAGGUGUCAAAAAAUGUGUCUUGAAGAGGGAGAUACAGUUCAAUGACUAUGUGUCUUGCCUUCAAAGCGGUGACAGUAUUUCUAAGAAACAAAAUACUUUUCGAACAAAAAUGCAUACCGUCUACACCAUCGAACAAGAAAAAGUUGCUCUAAGUCCAAAUGAUGACAAACGUUUCAUUCUACUCGGUAACAUUAAGACAUUGGCCCAUGGUCAUUAUGGAAUUAAGGUGUGAAUUAAUAAAAAACUUUGUCAUAUUGUAAACACAAA